AUUAGUUAAAUUACUUAAAUAAAUAGUUAGCAUAACUUUUUCUUCUUGAAAUCUUGUUGAAUCUAUAUCCUGUAAUAUAUAAAGUACUCUAUUCUAAUCAGUCAUAAUUCAUAUAUUUGUUUCAGAUUACAGUAUCUAAUUUUGACGGUAUAAAAUAUUAUAUAGUUUGCUGUUUUUGUUACUAAUUAAUAAUUACAGAAUGGAGGUAGUUAAAUUUAAAUGCGACCAAACCAUUUGGUGAUUUAGCUCUGAUAUUUGAUGUUACAUUAAUAAGUGAUUGUGAGCGUCAGUGAUCAUAAGUUAUAUGUAUUGAUUAAGCAUUUUUCUAGAUUUACGUUUUUUAUAUGUAAGUAUUUCCAGUUUUCUAGCUAUAUACAUUAUUUUAUCCUUGAAGAAGUGACUAUUUCUUGCAGGGAACAAACAUCGGAUCUGGUGACCAUCUGCCAUAUCUCGUUCUAAGCAGUUUUGCAAAAGGCUUUUCUCUUGUCUUUCUUCAAAGGAAGUCUCUUGAAAAUCUGCUAAAAGCCUCAGUUUAUAAUCAUCUUCACUAUUUAAAUGUUCUUCUUAACAUUUACAUUUGACGAUGAUAAAAUGAGUGAUUCAGAAAUUCCACCACCACCAAAAAAAUCCAAAGUUAUGGUAGAAAAGGAGGAAGACUUCACCGAGGAUCCCGGUACUAGUACCAAUGAGUUUGUGGUCGAUGACAAGUACAACAACUAUGUGACUCCUGAGGAGCUACAGAAAUUGAAGGAGUUUAAGAUUCUCGAUGAAGUAAAAUCAGAUGAUGAAGAAGCCGGCAGUGACGGUGGAGAGUCUGAUGUUUCCCAGGAACUACCAGAGGAAGAGAUUGAAAAGAUGUUAGAGGAUGAUCUUCCUGAUGAUUUCAAAGGAGCACCAAAACCAAAGGAGAAGCCAUAUAUUUUGAGGUCCAAAAUAGUAAUGGAAGAGAAAGGCACGAAUCCGUUCGAAGUGCUGCCUUUGGACUGGAUAUGCGCGCGUCACCUGAGCGGCAUCCCGGUGUACAUGCACCGACCCACGCGCGUCGUCACCCUCGCCAAGCCUUACUGCCUGGGCAAGAGCAACAUACAGCGUCACGACAUCCCUAUAAGUGCGAUCCCGUGCUUGGCGUAUCGGCGCGCUCUGGAGGAGGAAGAGAAACAGAAAGAGUUAGACAAGAAGAUACAAGAACAGGUCGACAUUUGUAACGCUAAACUACAGAGCGAUAAAGAUUCGCCAUCGUCACAUGCUUCCGGGACGGCCGAUCGAGCCGAGGACGACCCCGUCGCGGAAGCUCCCGUCGGUGACGACGAAAAAGAUAACGACACUGUUGCCGGAUGUCCCUUCAAAGGAAUAAUAAUAAAGGACGAACCCGAAAGCCAAGAGAAGGACAAAGAGAGCGAAGAGUCCCUGAAGAUCCGGCCGGUGAUAGUGCCCGGAGGAAGAGCCGUGCCUCCGCCCAGGGUGGAAGCGGUGAGCUCCAGCUGGCGCACGCAGCAUCUCACGCCCGAACACAUCACCCGGUACUGCGAGGCACUUUUCCACUUCAAGACCGUCCAAGUCAUGCACUUCAAUCGCUGGGCGGAUCGUCGCAAGUACACGAAGGCCCGUAAGGCGCUGCAGUACCCGUCUCUGCCCGAAGGCACCAAGCUCAUCACCAUCCCCACCACGGGACAGGACGGCGUCCGCGGCAAGAGGGACUGGGUCAUGAACAUGAACGGGCGCUGCUACCUGUCGGUGUUCCACGAGUACGUGAACCGCGCCCUGCAACAGCAGCCCGCGUACCACUUCACGCAGCUGGAGAACGCCGCCACACCCUACCAGGCCACCGUGUUCAUAGGCGACAUGCAGUACGGAGUCGGCGUCGGCAGCUCCAAGCGCCAGGCCAAGGCGGCCGCCGCCCGCGCCUCCAUCCGCAUCCUCAUCCCCGAGAUGAAGGACGAGCUGGCCGCUCCGGACGCGCCCGAGCCGGACUUCUCGUUCUUCGACUACGUGGGCGUCGAGGACCCGCGGGUGGCCGAGUUCUGCGUCGCCACCUGCGAGCCCUCGCCCCACGCCAUUCUGCGCACGUGCCUGCUGCGCAACUUCGGCGCCGGCGACCGCCACAUCGACGUCACGGUCGACAAGCUGGAGUACCAGAAGAUCCAGCUGACCAUGAAGGUGGGCAAGCACAGCGCGGUCGUCGUGUGCAACAACAAGAAAGCGGCCAAGCAGCGCGCCUCGCAGGCCAUCCUGCAGUCGCUGCACCCUCACGUGCGCUCGUGGGGUUCGCUGCUGCGCCUGUACGGCUCGCGUUCGGUGCCCUCGUGCGCCGAGAGGAAGCUCCACGAGCAGCAGAUCACGCUGCUGCAGGAGCAGGCGCGGCGGCACCGGCCCAACCGCGCCGUGCUGAGCAAGCUACGCCAGGACAUGCUCAGGCUGGAAGAGAGGGAUCGGGCUCUGGCGCCCGUGGGCACGCUGCUCUUGCGCCCCGCCGACGCGCUGCCUCAGCACUCGGGCUCCAACCUCAACAACUUGCAUCUCUAGCGCCACCUCUUACAAUCAUUAAAAUACAAUAAAACACGUAUAUAUAUUUUUCUUGUUUAAUAAAUUAACUAAAUUGAG